AUCGCAACUUUUUCAUUUUUCUUACUUUUCAACUCUCUUUUACCUUUUUCGUAGUUUUCACUAACACUCCCCUAUUUUAGCUCUCACAAACUUCGUACAGUGACAAUAUGAAGAAAGUUGUGUUGAAGGUGGAAAUACAUGAUGACAAAAUCAAGAAAAAAGCUAUGAAGGCUGUCUCUGGCAUUUUAGGGGUUGAGUUAGUUUCUGCAGACACGAAAGACAAGAAAUUGACCAUAAUUGGGGACAUUGAUCCAGUAAAAGUAGUAGCCAAGCUAAGGAAGCAGCUUUGUCACGCAGACAUAGUUUUUGUUGGACCAACAAAAGAGGAGAAGAAGGAAGAACCUAAAAAAGAUUCAGCAAAAGAAAUUGUUGUAACAAUAGCUUAUGGCAAACCGAGAAAAUUAUUGGCUGAGUCGCGGACAAUGUCGCUUUUUUUAAGACGUUUCGUGGCACUGCCAAAAAUUAUGCAAGCAGACUAUCUACCACGAAGUCCCCAGGAUAAAACAGCCCAAAUUACUGUAUAAGAUUCCCACUGCACCGAGAGAACCUUUUCUAGAAUUACACUCUCUUGUAUUUGAGAAGUCACUCUAAAGCCACCCGAAAAUAUGACUUGAAAAAUCACUUUAACAGCCAACCAAAAAUAUGACUUGAAAAGUCACUCUAAUAGCCAACCGAAAAAUAUGACUUGAAAAGUCACUAUUAUAACCAAUCGAAAAUAUGACUUAAAAAGUCACUCUUAUAGCCAACCAAAAAAUAUGGCUUGAAAAGUUACUAUUAUAGCCAACCGAAAAUUUUAGAGCGACAGAAAGAGGGAGAAGUUUGUCAGAAAUGCAUCGACUCAAAUAUGAGAGGGAGAAAGAAAAGUUGAGGAAAUACUUCUCAACUGGGGUAAGGAAAAAAGAAGAAAGAAGCUCUCUAUAUAUAGGAAGUGAAACAUUAUUCAAGUGUUUAUCCUGAGCGAUGUGAGACUUGAAGUCUUUUUUUCUUUCUUUUUGUCAAACUUUCAUCCACAUUCUCCUUUGUUCUAACAGAAAUUGUGCCAUCUGAUCUACUCAAGUUCCAUCAACCCUAUUAUGUCUAUUGUUAUUAUCCGUCGAAACCACACUACAAUCCAUAUUACAGUGCCAUCAGUAUGGAAGAGGAUCCUAAUAACUGUGUCAUCGUCUAAAUUUUUAUUACCAAGUCGGAUUAAAAAUAUUAAACCAAAUAUACAUAUAUUGUAUUUACCUUUUCUCGAUCCGUUUCUUGUGAUUUUAGAUCGAGGAUUGUGUUUUCAAAAUCAGUAAGGAGUAUGGUGUACAGGAUUCUAUGUUGUUGGUUUCAAACUUAAGACUUAUGCAGAAUCUUGAUAAGAAUUCAUAUGUAAUAACUAUGAAAAAUUCGCCGAUUGAGUAUUUGGCUCUCUGCCUUUUAA